AUGGCAGUGCUGGGAACCUGCAGCCUAACCAGAGCUGCCCUGAUCAUCCUGCUGCUCCCAGGAAGCCUGGAGGAGUGCGGGCACAUCAGCCUCUCAGCCCCUAUUGUCCGCCUAGGAGAUCCCAUCACAGCCUCCUGCACCAUCAACCAGAACUGCAGCCACCUGGACCUGGAGUCACAGAUUCUGUGGAGACUGGGAGCAGAGCUUCAACCUGGGGGAAGACAGCAGCGCUUGCCUGAUGGGACCCAGGAAUCUACCAUCACUCUGCCCCACCUCAACCACACUCAGGCCUUUCUCUCCUGCUGCCUGCACUGGAGCAACAGCCUGCAGAUCCUGGACCAGGCUGAGCUGCGGGCAGGCUACCCUCCUGCCACACCCCACAACCUGUCCUGCUUCAUGAACCUCACAACCAACAGCCUUACCUGCCAGUGGGAGCCAGGACCCGAGACCCACCUGCCCACCAACUUCACCCUGAAGAGCUUCAAGAGCCGGGGCGACUGUCGGACCCAAGAGGACUUCAUCCUGGACUGCGUGCCUGAGGCCGGGCAGAGCCACUGCUCCAUCCCUCGCAAACACCUGCUGUUGUACCAGAAUAUGGGCCUCUGGGUGCAGGCAGAGAAUGCACUGGGGACCAGCGUGUCCCCACAGUUGUGUCUUAAUCCCAUGGAUGUUGUGAAACUAGAGCCCCCCACACUGUGGGCCCUGGACCCCAGCCCUGAGGUGGCCCCACCCCAGCCUGGCUGCCUGCGGCUGCGCUGGGAGCUAUGGAAGCCAAGCCUGUAUGUGGAACAGAAGUGUGAGUUGCGCCACCAGCCGCAGCGUGGAGAAGCCAGCUGGGCACUGGUGGCCCCCCUGCCCCCCGGGAACUUCCAGUAUGAGCUCUGUGGGCUCCUUCCAGCCACAACCUACGCCUUGCAGAUGCGCUGCACACGCUGGCCCCUGCCUGGCCACUGGAGCAACUGGAGCCCCAGCCUAGAGCUGAGAACCGCCGAACGGGCCCCCACUGUCAGACUGGACACAUGGUGGCGGCAGAGGAAAUUGGACCCCAGGACAGUGGAUGUGCGGCUGUUCUGGAAGCCAAUGCCCUUGGAGGAAGACAGUGGGCAGAUCCAAGGAUACCUAGUCUCUUGGAGCCCCUCAGGCCAGGCUGGGGCUGCCCUGCCCCUCUGCAACACCACGGAGCUAGACUGCACCUUCCACCUGCCUUCAGAAGCCCGGGAGGUGGACAUUGCGGCCUAUAACACAGCCGGGAUAUCUCGUCCCACUCCAGUGGUCUUGGAGAGCAGAGGCCCACCCCUGGCCAAACUCCAUGCCAAGGCCCGGGACCCAUACAGCCUCUGGGUGGGCUGGGAGCCCCCCAGCCUUCAGCCCCAGGGCUAUGUGAUUGAGUGGGGCCUGGGUUACCCCAGUCCCAGCAGCAGCAAUAAGACCUGGAGGAUAGAGCAUAAUGGGAGCAUUACGGGGACUCUGCUGCAGGAGAACAUCAGGCCCUUUCAGCUCUAUGAGAUCACUGUGACUCCUCUGUAUCAGGACAUCAUGGGACACUCCCAGCACGUCUAUGCCUACUCCCAAGAGAUGGCUCCCUCCCGCGCCCCAGAGCUGCACCUAAGGCACAUUGGCAAGACCUGGGCACAGCUGGAGUGGGUGCCUGAACCCCCUGAGCUGGGGAAAAGCCCCCUUACCCACUACACCAUCUUCUGGACCAAUGCUCAGUACCAGUCCUUCUCCACCAUCCUGAACACCUCCUCCAGUGGUUUCAUCCUCCAAGGUCUGGAGCCCGCCAGCAUGUAUCAUGUCCACCUCAUGGCCUCAAGCCAGGCCGGGGCCACCAACAGUACAGGCCUCACCCUGAUGACCUUGGCGCUAGAGGGGUCCGAGCUACACAUCCUCCUGGGUCUGUUCGGCCUCCUGCUCUUGCUCAUCUGUCUCUGUGGGACUGCCUGCUUCUGCUGUAGCCCCAGCAGGAAGAAUCCCCUGUGGCCAAGUGUCCCAGACCCAGCCCACAGCAGCCUGGGCUCCUGGGUACCCACCAUCAUGGCAGAGGUGAGAACCCUGGAGGCAAAGGGCAAUGGGGCUGGGGAUGUUGGCCCAAAGAAGGGACAGUGGCUGGGGCAGACAUCUGAAAUGAACCAUGCCCUCAUCCUGUGUCCUUGUGCCCAGGAGACCUUCCAGCUGCCCAACCUUCGGGACCCUGGCAUGCCACCCAUCACCAAGAUCACAGUUCUGGAGGAGGAAGAGAAGAAGCCGGGGCCCUGGGAGUCCAGUGACAGCUCAAACACCUGUGACCUCCCCGCCUUGGUCCAGGCCUAUGUGCUCCAGGGGGACCCAAGAGCAGCUUCCACCCAGCCCCAGCCUGGCACCAAUGACCAGGUCCUUUAUGGGCAGGUGCUGGGCAGCCCCACAGGCCCAGGGCCAGAGCACUACCUUCGCUGUGACUCCACUCAGCCCCUCUUGGGUGGCCUCACCCCCAGCCCCAAAUCCUAUGAGAACCUCUGGUUCCACACCAGUCCCCUAAGGACCUCAGAGGUCCCACCCCCAAGCCAGGAGGAUGACUGUGUCUUUGGGCCACUGUUUGACUUUCCCCUCCUGCAGGGGCUCCAGGUCCAUGGAGUGGAGGGGUUGGGGGGCUUCUAG